AGAAACCAGUGACUUGAAAACCCCCCCUUAUGAGAUACUCUCCACUCUCCAAAUUCCUCAGCUUUUCUCACUCCCCCCUCUCAAUACCCCACAUCUCAUCAUAUCUUCUCAGCAAUCAAUCAAUCAAUCAACCUUUUAUAUAAUAUAUAUAUAUAUAUAAACAACACACACAGAUACACAACAUUCUUGCAGAGGCAAAUAUGGACAACCAAAGAAGCCUUCAACUCAACUGGACAACCAAUUACUUCCCCCAAGAAAAGAGCAUGGAGGAUCUGAGGCAGUCCCUAAUCCUGACAAUGGAGCUUGAGGACACGAGGCUGAAGGCCCAACAGGAGCUGAAGAUGCGAGACGAGCAAAUAGCCCAACUGAAGGAGCUCUUGGGCCGGGCCCUAAAGGAGCGUGACCAGGCCCAAGAGAAGUGCCACAAGGCCAUCCUCGACAAACUCAUGCUCCAGCAGCAGAUCCACCAGUCCGGCCCAAACUCCGGCGUCUCCAGCGUCGAGGACGACCCAAGGCACGCCUUCUCCUCCUCCGACUGCGACGAGAGCAUCGUCUCCUCCCCCCGCGGCCCGGCGGCGGCGGCCGCGGCGGCGGAUCUGCCGGUGGCGCCGGAGGGGCCGCUCCCGGAGAAGGGGCGGCUGCUGCAGGCGGUGAUGAAGGCGGGCCCGCUCCUGCAGACGCUCCUCCUGGCGGGGCCGCUGCCGCAGUGGCGCCACCCGCCGCCGCCGCUCGAGGCGUACCAGAUCCCGCCGCCGCCGGUGGUGGUGCCGGCGGCGGGGAGCCAGGAUCCGUUUCAGGGGAUGAUUAGUUUCAACAACUGCGGCCGGAUAUUGAGCGGUGGAAGUAAUAGUUAUAAUAGAAAGAGAGGGUUUAGUGAGGGGUCGGAGGCGUCGUCCAUGGCCGCCAUGGGAUUGAAGUACCAAAGAGUUGCUCUCCAUUAGUAGUAAUUGAAUUAAAUUGAAUUGAAUUGACAUGAUCAUAUUAUUAAGCACCCAUGUCUAAUUUUCGAUCGCCACUCUAAUUCUUUCACCUUCCAGAAGAACUGUCACUCAAAAGAAUGGGAAGGUGAUUAUUUUGGCACUUUUUGUAUAGUGGUCCAGUUUUACAGUUGUCAGGGUUAAGAUAAUGAUCCAGAAGUUGAUUUGGCAAUUCUCCUAUUUUUAUACUUCUUUUUAUUUUCUUCUUCUUUUGUGUGUAUAUUGUUAAUAAAUAGGGUGAAUUUCAUGAUAAGCUUCUCCAUGAGAGUUUUACCAGUCACCCAAAUACAAUGGGACGGUUAAAACCUCCGCAAAUUCAUGUGAAUGUGUUAAUAAUGGG